AUGCUGACGCUCAUCGCUGGGGCUGUUGGCCUCCCGAUGCCAGCCAACCGCACUACCCGUCUCGAAUUCUGCCCGACGGUCGCCAACCUGACCGGGUCCGAUGAGCUCAAGGUUGCUCGAUCGUACGAGUUUGCGCUGCCCCUCGUGCUGAUGGGCGCAACUCUCGACGUCUCCCUCCGCAUGGUCCAAGACAACUACCUCAAUGUUACGCGAGACACGUUCGUCAACACGUUCGCGCAUGUCCUCAAGUUCCCCACGCCCGACUUCCGAGGCGUCGUCAACCCGAACGUCGACACUCUCUACUCCUCGGCCUUUCUGGACGUCGGCCAAGAGCCUGUCGUGCUAACCAUCCCCAAGGCGGACCAUCGCAGCCGGUACGGCCUCUUCCAGAUCAUGGACUUCUGGACGAACGUGAUCGGCAACCCUGAAUUGUUGUACAAAGAGCAAGUCGUCUGCAUCAGCCUUGCCCCGCACCUCGUCAGUGACGACUACACACCGUGCCCCGAUGACAACAUGAACAUCACCAUCGUGUCAAACACGACGAACCUGUGGCUGCUGGGGAGGACUGCGCCGCUUGAGGGCGGCGACCUCGUGUCUACUAACGCGUUGCAGUUGCAGUACCAGCUGCGUGGCCUGCCCAGGAGCUGGCUCGGCAUCUCGGGCUCGGUCGGAACUUACGGCACGGAUUACCCGGUCCGGGCUGUGAUUGCCGAUGUCGGCCUUGGAGCGAAUCUUCCGGAGGAUGCCGUGUACUUUGUCAAGCCGUUUCUGUUUGGGGGAUGCAACUACACCCUGACCCUCUCGCCACCACCGCCCGUCGAUUCGGCGCGCGGCUUCUGGUCCAUCACCACGUACGUGGACCAGUACCUUGUUGCGGAUCCCCGAAACGGGACUCAAGCGGCUGUCGUUAGCAGCCUCCAGAACGACAUUGUCAUCGAGAAAAAUGGUAAUGCUGUGAUCUACAUCCAAGCAAGCGACCCGGGAGAGGGCAAAAAUUGGCUGUACGUGCCGGAGGACGUGCAUGGUACAAAUCUCACGCUGACGGCGCGAUUCUACCUACCGACGGCGGAGAUUUACCCAGAUCGGACUUGGACACCGCCAAUGAUUGAGGUGAGCCGCAGUGGGCCGCUGCGGCGGCCGCAAUGCCAGUGGCCGUGGGCGGACUAG